ACUGGCUAACGGCUUUGUUAAUUGCCGGUUUAGCUUAUACGGCCAAAUAUUACUAUUCCUAUUUUACCCGGCCUAACCCUUUACCAGGUAAUCUCUAUCUGUCUCGUAGUGAUAUGAGCAUGGUAUUCUAUAAACUUCAAGUAAAAUAUGGAGAGUUUAUAGAAUUUUACAUGGGUUCACAACGUAAAAUUUGGAUAGGAGAUCCAAAACUUCUCAAAAAAAUUCAUAAUCCAUCAAUGAAAACAAAUUUUCCAAAUCGUACUGAUGGACCUUGGCUUGAUGAAAUAGGAAUAACUAAUAGAGGGAUCGGACUUAAUAAUAAUUUAGAAUAUUGGAGAUCUAAUAGGACAGUACUUACACAAGGUGUUAUGGUGCCUUCGUUCUUAAAACAAUAUCUCAAAGAACAAGAAAAAGUUUUUAAUGAAAUGGAUGGGUACUGGAUGAAUCUUAAAAAAGAAGAACAAACUCUUAAAAUGGAUGUAUCAAAAUGGUUGUAUAGAUUUGUAAACGAUUUAGUAUUUCUUACUCUUACCAGAAAACGGGCAUAUACAAUGGCAGCUUAUUAUAAUC